AGCAAAGUAGAAGAGAUGAUUUGGAAGCUUUAGGACAUAUGUUCAUGUAUUUUCUCAGAGGAAGCCUUCCAUGGCAAGGUUUAAAGGCUGAUACGUUAAAAGAACGUUACCAGAAAAUUGGAGACACGAAACAAGCUACCCCUAUAGAAGUAUUAUGUGAAAACUUCCCAGAUGAAAUGGCUACAUACCUGCGCUACGUAAGAAGGCUAGAUUUUUUUGAAAAGCCGGACUAUGACUACUUAAGAAAGCUCUUCACAGACUUACUUGACCGGAAAGGCUAUGUAUUUGAUUAUGAAUAUGACUGGAUUGGUAAACAGUUGCCUAUUCCAGUGGGUGCAAUACAUUCAGACCCUGCACUCUCUUCAAACAGAGAAGCACGUCAGCACAGAGACAAAAUGCAGCAAACCAAAAAUCAGUCAGCAGACCAUAGGGCAGCUUGGGACUCACAGCAGACCAAUCCACAUCAUUUGAGAGCUCAUCUGGCAGCUGGCAGACAUGGUGGCUCGGUACAGGUCGUGGGCUCAGCAAAUGGAGAACUGAACACAGAUGACCCAACUGCAGGCUGUUCAAAUGCACCCAUCACAGCUCCUGCAGAAGUACAAGUAAUAGAUGAAACUAACUGCCAGAAAGUGUUGAACAUGUGGUGCUGCUGUUUUUUCAAGUGGAGGAAAAGGAAAACCAUUCAGCGCCAGAAAUGA